AUGAAGGCAUCUCAUUCCCAGCUCUCUCUGUGUCUCAUACUCUUAUCCAUAUCUGCAAACUCUUUACUCUGUGCAGCUCAGGAUGUGGUCGACAUAGAUGGGAACCCGGUGCAGGCGGGAGUGGACUACUACAUCCUGCCAGUUAUCCGCGGCAGAGGGGGCGGCCUCACACUAGCCAGCACCGGCAACAAAACCUGCCCACUUGACGUCGUCCAAGAGCCAGGGGAAUUGGACAACGGCCUCCCAUUAACCUUCCGCCCCCCAAACUCCAGCCAACGCGUGGUCCGUGUCUCAGCUGAUCAGAACUUCAUAUUCUCCGCUGCCUCAGUGUGCGUUCAAUCCACGGUGUGGACACUGCAACUCGACGAAUCAAUCUCAAACUACAUCAUAACAACUGGAGGCGUGGAAGGGAACUACGGCCGUGAAACGUUAAGCAACUGGUUCAGGAUCGACGAGUAUGACAGUGACUACAAAAUAGUGUACUGCCCGGCAGCGUGCGACACCUGCAGAGUCAUAUGCGGAGACGUCGACGUUUUGGUGCAAGAUGGAGUUAGGCGUUUGGUUCUCAAUGGUGAUGCCCCCUUGAAGGUUAUGUUCAAGAAGGCAUAAAUUAAUCUCUUUCUUAUUAAAGCAGCUCAGAAUAAUAAGUCCCAUAAAUAAAAGCUUCUGCAUACCUGAAAUUAUUGCCAUCAGAACUUAUGUGUAUAUCAGAAUGAUUCUGUGUUACACAACUUUGUUGCUUGUUUAUGACUUUUUUAGUGAAGGAAUUGUACUAAGCAAAGAACUAGCAUGUAACACAUCAAGAAUCGAUGAGUAUCAUAUUACGUCGUAAUUUAUAAUCGUCUUUAAUUAUUUUUAUGAUUAUAGCA